UCAAAUACUAAAUGAUUUAGGGUGUGAACUAUUCUUUUAAUGCUGACUGUGACAUUGCUGUUGCUUGGGCAACGAGGAAAGAAGAUUUUUUACAUACAGUAUGUGUGUAUUCUUUUACACCCAACAUUUCGUUCAAGCAGCCGAAUAAAACAAGCCCAUGUUUUUACCUCUCCUCAUGUGUCCCCUCCCGUCUGAGAAAGAGGAGGCGAUUGUGAAUGGACGCCAUAGCAGCAUCGCUGCUCUCAGAUGACUGUUUCCAUAGCAACACACAGAGCGCUGUGGUAUAAAACACACACGCUUUCUCAGAUGAGAUUCAGAAACUCUGAGCAGCCCCGCCGACAAGCACAACAAACUCACUCGCAUCCACAGACACCCUCCACCAGCCCGAUGAUGCUGAGGCCGAAAGACCUGUGUCAGGGCUCCGGAACCAAAACUUUCCUGGAAGCCAUGCAGAGCGGCAAAGUUCACCUCGCUCGCUUCGUGCUGGACGCUUUGGACGGUCGCAUCAUCAACUCCAAGGCCGAAGGCGGCCGCACACUCCUGAUGCACGCCGUGUGCAUUCAGGACAACGCCACGAGGUCCAAAUUCACCCACUUGCUCUUGGAGAAAGGUGCGGACGUGAACGUUCCAGACGACCAAGGGCGCACGGCUUUGAGUCUGACCUGUGAACUGGGAUAUCUGGACGCCGUCAAGCUCCUGGUGCAGUUCAACGCCGACCCCGAACUCAUCGACACGUGGGGCAACAGCGCCUUGAUGUACGCCGCCUGCGGAGGACACGACCACGUUUUGGAGUUCCUGGUCAGGGCGUUUAAGAAGUUAGGACUACGGCUGGAUCGUAUCAACCACGCGGGACAUUCUGCCGUCCAGGUGGCGGAUUUCUUCGGUCACAACCAGUGCGUCCAAGCCCUCAGCAGCUGCGGAAAGAAGGCCGUCAGUCUCACGGACAGCAGCGGAGAACCCGCAGAGGAUCUCAGGUGGCCCAAUCGCCUCCCCAUGCAGGUUUUGGAGAAGUUCUCCCGAGCGAAAGCCCAGAGCAAAAAGGAAGAAGCCUUUCCGGCCUUGUUUCAGAGACAGCUGCGCGUGGGAGAGAGCAACAGCCUGCGGAUUCGCUUCCGGCGCCCACCGCCGUCGUCCACGGAGAGCAUGGUUACCAACCACUGCCAAGCCUUAAACAAAAUGUCCGAGAGACGUCCGGCCGAAGACAGACAGGAGCUGUUAUUUACCUCCAAACAGAUUCACAACUCCGUCCUCAAAGAGACCGGUGGAGGCAGACGGAUGGAUUUCACUUCGGAGCGGUGUCCACCGGUCAAACAUGACGGCGAUGAAAAGCCGCUCUGGGGAAAAGCCAAAUCCUUCAACCUGGACCUGAAGAGCAGCAGAAAACAAUCUUAUCAGGGCGAUGACCCAGAGACAGGCAGAUCGGCCAGCAGAUUCAAAAGAGCGUCGCUUCAGGAAGAGAAACCUCUGGUGGCCAAGUUCUACUCCCAAAUCAACGCCAAUAAAAAAGAGAGAUCGGAAGGGCUGGAGACACAGCACAACGGUGACGUCAAAUGCAGAAGAGACAUUUCCAAAAAACUGGGCAGACGGAACAAACUUCUCUUGGGUCGGGAGGAGUUGGAACCUGAGAGGCUCAAAGGUGAAUCUUCAGGUGGUCUCGGCGGGUUGGGAAGCAGAUUACUGCGCAGAUUCACCGCUCCGGAGUUCUUGAGACACAUCCGAGAAUCAGACGCGGGUCAGAAAAAAGGCAAGAUGUCUCGCUCCGAGACCUUUCCGUUGACACACACACAUCAGAGAGUUAACGGCCAACCCAGUGUGGACAGCAUCAGUGCCGUCAGAUGUGAGUUUGAGAAUCAUUCUGCCUUAUUUCAUUCUUAAAUUAAUGAUUAUCAUCACAGACAUAUAUUUAUUACCAGAGAUCUAAAGAAAUGAUAUUUAUUAUAAAGAAAUAAUAUUUAUGGCCAUUUAGAAUGACCAGGAAUGUGAAUGUAAAGAUAUUUUAACAGUUGUUUAACAUUUCUUGUACUAAAUAAAUAUCAAACAUUCCGGUUCUUGUAUCUGUAGAUGUGUUUGUGUGUGCUCCUCGUAAACAAAUGUUAUUAUUGCACCGUAAUGCUGUAUUUUGCUUUGAUUAUGAUACAAACAUGUUUUGUUUUUGAGUUUGUGUUGUCUUUAACAAGAAUACCUGAGAAUCCAAUCAUAUAUCUGGUGUAAAUAUUUACUGUGCAUAUUUAAAAUCUACAUUUAUUCUGCUUUUCUUUUCUUUUGAUAGACUAAAAACUUACAAUAAAACAAAUGUAUCAACUUAAACUAAAUCAUGUUUGUAUGCAAAGUAUUCUGUUUUUUUUCAAGUAUGUUAAUAAAAUCAUUGCAUACAUGUGGAAUCUGGAUGUGUGAAAGAA